AAGAAGUGUCUACGGGUUUUGUAAGAUUUAUGUGUCUUGAGAUUUCACUUGAAUACAAAAAUGAAAACAAUAAUAGGAAGCUCUGUUUUGAUAUCAUUAGUAUGUGUAAUAGUAGUGAGAGUGUUAAUCAAAGUGGUGAAUUGGGUAUGGUUGAAGCCCAAGAAGAUCGAAAAGUUGCUUAAACAACAAGGUUUCUCAGGUACUAGUUACAAAUUCUUGUUUGGAGAUGUCAAAGAAUUCAACUCGGUGCGCAACGAGGCCUUAAAAACCCCCAUGACUGUCUUCUCCAAUGAUUAUUUUUCUCGUGUGGAACCUUUUCGCCAUCAGCUUGCAUCCAAAUUUGGAAACGAGUUCUUCAUCUGGUUUGGCACAAUACCUACGUUACAAAUCUCAAAGGCAGAGAUGAUUAAAGAGGCGUUGGCCAAGACAGACGAGAUUCAAAAGACUAAGGUGAACCCCAUUAUUGACAAGCUUGUUCCAGGUCUUGCUAGCUUAGAGGGAGAGAAAUGGGCCAAACAUCGGAAGUUGAUCAACCCUGCCUUCCAUAUGGACAAGUUGAAGCUUAUGGUACCUGCAUCCCGAGAUAGUUGUGAAGAAAUAAUGAGAAGAUGGGAGAUGGUAGUAGGUGAAAGGGGUUCAGUUGAGCUAGAUGUGUAUCCAGAUAUAAUGCAACUCAGUGCUGAUGUUAUCUCUAGAGCAGCAUUCGGUAGCAAUUAUGGGGAGGGACAAAAGUUAUUUGCACUACUCAAGGAGCAGAUUGACUUAGCUGUUUCUAUACUUUACUUACCAGGACUAAGAUUCAUUCCAACACCUAAAAACAGGAGAUUUAGAAAGAUAGAAAAUCAAAUACAGAGUUUAUUGCGUGCAAUUAUCAACAAGAGAAAACAGGAAAUUGAUGCUGGGGUAGCAGUUAAGCUUGACCUGUUGGGUGUACUCAUGGGUUCAGAAGCCCAAUCUGCAGGUGACAGUAACAACAACAACAAACAACAACAACAACAACAACAACAACAACAACAACAACAACAUGAUGGGAUCAGGUUGAGCCUUGAAGAGAUAAUUGAUGAGUGUAAACUGUUCUACUAUGCUGGACAAGAUUCUACAUCCACACUAAUAGUUUGGACAUUAAUUUUAUUAAGCAAACAUCAAGAUUGGCAAGUACGAGCACGUGAAGAAGUGUACGAAAGAUUUGGGAAUAAUGUGCCGGACUUUCAAGGCUUAAACCAUUUAAAGACAAUGAGUAUGAUUCUGCAUGAAGUGCUGAGACUGUAUCCACCAGCAUUCCAGGUGAUAAGAUCAAUUCAUAAAGAUACAAAACUAGCUUCAUUGUUAGUUCCUUCGGGUGCAAAUAUCACUUUCUUUAUGCAUCAUCUUCACCGAGAUCAGCAAGUUUGGGGUGAUGAUGCAGAAGAAUUCAAACCAGAAAGGUUCGCUCAAGGGAUUUCUAAGGCAACAAAAGGAAAUAAUUCAUUUUUCCCCUUUGGCUGGGGACCAAGAAUAUGCAUUGGCGAAAAAUUUGCCAUUUCUGAAGCAAAAAUGGCAUUAUCUAUGAUUCUACAACGCUUUUCUUUUCAACUUUCACCUGCCUAUGUCCAUGCACCAUACACUGUUAUAUUUCUACAACCUCAACAUGGAGCUCAGAUUAUCUUACACAAGUUAAUUUGAUGGUCCAAUUUACAGAGUAAUCAUACCAUCAAACCAUAUUGUUUCUUAUUCUUCAUUUCAACUUUUCAUGAAUCUUUUACUUUUGGACAAAGUCUUGUUUUUAUCAGUUGUCACUUAAUUGUCAGCAGUUGCGCUAAACUUGUAUAUCAUAGACAAAAGAUUCAAGGUUGUCCAGUUCCUACA